CUGCCAUGGACCUUUGCUUGGGCUCCGAUGAAUUCAGUCUUUGGGUUCCUCGGGAAUCGGUGCUGUUAUCUGUUGGUUGCCAUUCUGACUCCUUUGCCAUCCGCACUGCCUUUGCUCCCUUUCGAUCCUUACCACGCCCAAGGGCAAGGUCACUCCACUGUCACUCCAUUUGCCGUACGCUGCGUCAACAUUACGUAGACAGAGGCUAGGGCUGCGUCUCUCGCCCUCUCUUUUGCGGAUCUCGGCUAAUCCAUCUGUCUCAAGAACAAGAACCGCCACAGCUAUGUUUAGUCCCUGGUGAUCGUCAGCCAGCUCGCGUUCCUCAUCAACAAGGAUCGAUCCGGUGUUACAGCACGCUUCAACGCAGUCGCAAUCUCACUCUUCCAAAAAAAAUCGAUCCGAGCUACAAUCUGUCUUGGGGCUUGAUGAGACAGAUGAUGGAUGUGAACCCUGAACAAAUGAGAUGUGUGUCACAUUCGAUCUCUUCGUGCGUGUUGCUGCUCAAUUCCACUAUGAUUAUGACCACUGCGAUCGACGGCAUAAUUGCAGCAGUCGCCCGUCCAUCACACGAUCAUCAAUCCACCCGAGUCUUUGUCUCGUCAAGACGAUUCAAAGGGGUGAAUCAUGACCGCUCUUUCGCAUCGAAGAUGACGAUUAUGAUGGGGUGGGUAAGACGUAUUCACUCAACGAGGUGGCAACAUCAGAGAGAGUUAUCUCAAGGUUCACGUAUAUGCGGCCGUCCUCACACCACCAUAAAGUCUAGCAGCCGCUGACUGCCUAUCCUUACCAAUCGCCGCACUUUCUGGAAGCCCCGGGAGAGAAAUCGACCGCGGCUAGGCACUACUACAUGAACAUCGCCCCCGACAGAUGCUUUGGCAAGGUUAAUUUAUGGCUCGCGAUCGAGAGUGAAAGAGCUCUUUGGACGCCAAAGGAACGAUACGGUAUGUUUGUUCAUGUCGCAAGAGUGUUCGAAGAUGGAUGGAUGGUCAGCAAUGGCACGCAUCCUGACUGGGCCACCGAAUAAUGCUAUCGGGUGGCCGUCUCAUCAUAAGACCAAACUCGAACAGACUCCAAGCACAUUCGCUGCACACUUGCAGUCAAUCGCAGAUAAUUGUGAUGGAUCAGUAUCCAUGGCUUAUCGAC